CGAUUCUCUUGCAUUAAAACAGCAUACCAACAAUUGCUUUGCUUUCCAUCUGAUAUUGUAGAUGCAUCAUUGUGUAAGAUGAGGUAGCAUUAGUCAUCUGUGGAUAUAUAAUGUAUACGGAACUGUCGUGCCUUUAGUUGAACAUAUGCAGUUGUGCCUGAGGAUAUAUUUAAGAAUUGUAUAAAAUUCAUCGGAACUUAAUUAAAACACACAUAUAAAUACGACGUAUUUUAUUGUUCGCGUUACAUCUGAACUAAUAUUUUCUACUGAAGAGUGUUAACUCAGAAGCUUAAGGCAUCACGAAUAAAAUGUCCGGAAUGGAAGCUUUCAUUGGUAGCUGGCGGGAAGAGGAGAAGGAAGGAUAUGAGGAAAUGGCCACGGCCUUAGGUUUACCAGCUGAGAAGAAAGAUUUCUUUAAGAACGCACGGACGGAGAUAACGUAUCGCGGCGCCGGCGACUUCUGGGAGAUUGACGUCGGUAUGCAGGGCGUCCCGCAAAAGCGGACCUUCAAAUUUAAGCCCGGAGAACAGUACGAAUCGGCCUCAUUGGAUGGCUCACCUAUGAAGAGUGUUGUAACAGUCGAUGGAGAUAAACUUGUCGAGAAACACACAGACGAUAACUUAAAUGGGAUGGAUAUGAACAUUACCAGAAAUAUAGAAGGAGGCAAAAUGAUAGUGGAAACACAAGUGGGCGAUUUUCGAAUGCGGUCAAAGUACGGGCGUAUAUAGAAAUUUCUCUAGCGUAUUACUCAGAGCAUAAAGGUUACAAACGGAUAUAUAUUUCAUAUUGCUUAGCAUAUGACUUUGUGUGCCGACAGUGUCAGUAAAUCGACAGCGUAUUGGUGAUAUAUAUAUAUAUUGGGAUGUCCAACCUUUUGAGGAAUGCUGUUUAGAAAAGCUUAUUCAUUUUGUGCCACUAAACCGGGUUUAUGUUUAAACUUUUUGCUACUGAACUUGUUUCUGUAACUUUUUGCAUAAAUAUUGCAGUGGUAUUCUUCGAUCUUACAAAGUAUUAUUCAGUUGUCUGACACCAAACAGCAUAUGAUAAAGCUUUUGCUUAUGUCGUUUUUUAUGCUCGGCCAUAUUAAUCAGAAUAAAGUAUUCAAAUCUU